UUUGCUUCUGAGCCUCACUUUUGUAUUUGCUCUCGACCGCCAUGGUGGCUUCCAAGCUCGCAAUCCUGUCGUUCCUCGCGUCGGCGACGGCCGCGAGCAUCUUCGACUACCCGGCCUUCACUCAAAAGAUCCUCUUCGAGUACAACAACAAGGUGUACGCUGACGUGAUCCGCCACAAUGACAAUGAGAAGCUCGUGUACAACGCCGGGUCGCAGUCGGUCGUCUUCCGAUCGAACGGCCAGUGCCUCGACGCGUACAAGGACGGCGACCACUUCGAGCUCCACACGUGGCCCUGCGAUGCGACCAACGCCAACCAGCGCUGGGUGCUCUCGGAGCACAAGCUCCGCCACGCGACCCACGCCAACCUCUGCGCCACCGUGAACCUGACGACGAACGGCGACCUUGUCCGCGUCGAAGCCUGCAGCGAGAGCCUCGCGCAGUACAUUGACAAGUGCACGGGCGCGACGACCCAGUACGUGCAGAUCCAGACGUGCAAGGGCAACAAGCCACUCUCGGAAGCGUACACGGGCCUGUACGCCGACUCGGCGCGCCAGAACCUCAACGAGCUCUUCGAGUUCAAGGACGGCUACAUCAAGUCGGCGUCCAACGGUCAGUGCCUCGAUGCGUUCCGCGACGGUGCCAAGCUCGGCCUGCACACCUACGAGUGCAACUUCGACAACGUGAACCAAAAGUGGUACGUGGACAACGGUCGCAUCAAGCACUCGGCGCACAUCAACAUGUGCCUGGACGCCGACCCGACGGACGCGACGCACAAGGCGCAGAUGUGGACGUGUUUCCCCAACCACGACAACCAGUGCUGGAAGCUCGUCGCGAUGUAAACUUGUGUUUAUUAAUAACAUUUAGAUCCACUCGGGCGUAGAAAAUAAUGUGGCUAAGAACUGAACGACAUUGGAAUAGAUUGACAACAUCAUGAUGGAGAUAAUGGUGAACCAAGACAUUGCCAGUGAGCCUAGUA